CGUCGAUUCACGUAUUCAGUCACUUGCACGGCUCCCUUUCGUCUCUUCUUUUUUCCCGCCAGCUAGCGCUGUCCUCCCGCUCCUCUGCUCUGCCAUGACAUAGCCAAACCGCGCCUCUACCUCGACGUCCACUCGCACCAACCCUCGUCCACACGCAGCCAUGGCGCUUGCACCACUGGGAGCGCAGACGCGCCCGUACAAGGACUACCUGACCCCCGCCCUGCACCGCCGCUUCACCAAAGCCAGCAGAUACACGCUUCUGCUCUGCUACCUGAUCGCAUGCUGGAUGGGAGAAUAUGACAGCCUCAUAUGGCUGCUGUCCCCCAUUGGCCCCACGGGUAUACGGACCCUCCUCCUCUUCAUACCCGCCCUCACCAUCUACGUGCUCCGUGUCGCCCAGUGGCACGUCGGCCCCCGCCAAACGCAGACGCGCGCCGAGACAUUCAACAAGUACUUCCUGCGCAAGUCGACCUUCCUGACCCUCGUCUUCUACACCUUCUCCGCCUGGCUCUACAACGAGGUCUACGUUUGGUCGCGCGCGGGCUGGAGCAGGCUUGGAUACACGGAAUAUGGACGCGCACAGGAGCGCCUCAAGCUGAACGAGAGGCCGCUCUACCUGCGCUACCUCUUCCUUUUGCUCGCGCUCGCUCAGACCGUCGUGCACCUGUCCGAGGACUAUGAUAAGAUUGCGAUCCCGACCAUGAGCCCAAAGACGCUUCGCCAAGACUCGUCUGCUCCUGCGCUGCUGAGGUCCCCCAACCCCAGGCGGGUGCUCGUGAAGAAACUCACAAAGAUGGUCGUUUUGGCUGGCAUCACCGCCUGCUCCGUCACCCUGGCUGGGACGGUCAUCUACUUUGCUGGACUUCGCCAGCUGAUGUGGGAUUACCACUACAGCUUCAGCCGCUACUUCAUCAGCUUGGCAAAGACCUCCAGACCGACGGGACUUGCGCCCUUUCUGCCACUAGUCGCCAGCUUUGUCACUGAGGGUACUUUGCUUGUCCUUUUGUGGGAGUUUGUCAACGAGGCCUUCAACCUGUACAUUGCGCAGGAACCGCUGAAGAACGACCAGCCCAUCACAAACGAUUCUACAGACCCCAACGGCACUCUGCUCAACGGGUUGAAGUCAAAGAAGGAGGCUGUUAAGGCCAUCGCUUUCUGGGAGCUUGCCCUGAUCACCGACGCCUUCCCCGACCGACGUGCCACAAUCUACCGCGAAGUUGAGCGCAAGAAAGCACCCACCUUCCAACAGGUCACCGACCUCUGCCUCGCCGAAAUCAAGCUCCUCAUCGAUCGCGUAAACCUCGGCCUCAAUCCCGCCUACAACCCCCCAUCCGCAGCAGGAAAGCAAGAGCCCGCCGCUCCCGUCAACCUCGUCCCACAGAUCGCACAACCCCUCAACAACGACAAAGCCAUCACCGUUGUGCCACCAAAAACCAACUCGCGAUGGGAGCUCAUCGAGAACGCAACCGCCGACAUGGCAAAACUCCACAGCGCCCCAGGCAACGCACAACAAGCUUACGGCCGCGAAGCCCUAAACAAAAGCAUGCAGAAAGCCCAACAAGGCGCCCACCACGCUGAAUCUGCUCUCUCCCUCUACUACAAUAAGCUCGUCGCCUCCCCACUCGGCGCUCCCUUCCGCUACUCCCUCACCCGCACAGCAAGCCUCGUCGUCCUCGGCGCGCCGUACUCCCGCAUCUCCCUAAUCUGCAAUGCUGUCACAGCUAUCACCAAUCUGGCUGUCUACUCCAUCCGCGAAGACACGCUGGGCCGCUUCAACGAGGGCGUUCCGGCUAUCAUCCGCGUCUUCACCGCUGCUAUCAAUAAAAUCGACGAGUAUAUGGAGAAUGUGGAGAUACACUGGUCGGACUACGACACGGCUAAGUUGCCAGAGGCGCAGAGGCGUAAGAUACCGGAGGUUGAGCGCGUGAGGACGUGUUUGAAGGAUGGGCUGGAGCUCGUCUUGGGUAGCUUCAAUGAGUAUUUGCUUGGUAUGGGGAUGAGCAGGGUGGAGGUUCUCGAGGCGAAGAAGGCGGUUGUUAGGGCGCCUGAGAUGGUGGAAAAUGGUGCUGGGGCUGGGCAAUGAGGGGGGGUUUUGCCUCAUGGGGAGAUUACGCGCUUUGGGUUUGGGGUUUGGAGACAAUCUAGAGGUUCUUGGUGGAUUGGUGCAAUGCAAUGCAAUGUAGAGGAGACAGAUACCCAUGUACACUUUCACGAUUAAUACCACGAUACGGUAGCC